GACUUUUCCAACGGCGCUGGAACCGGAUUUCUGGGAAUUGGACAUCGUUGCCCGAACCUUUGUGCACGCGGGAUCUCGGGGUAGAAGCGGCGAAUCUCGACCACAACCCAGGCAAAGGGAAAAGAGCAACGGGCAACAUGGCGAGUUUGGUGCCUGAUAUUGGAAGCAGCAACAUCAGUAGGGCUCCAUCGUCGGACGAUAUUAAACGGCCGAAGCUUAGGAUGCGGGAAAUGGAUGAACAUGUCACCGAGGGCAAGCAAGACAGUGUUGGGGGGUGGAGGGGUGUAUUGAGCUUUCUGGAAAAGAAAGGUGAUGUUGAGGUCAGAGGGUGCACACCGGUGCCGUAUGAGGAUAGGACGGAAACGAGCUACUCCAAGAUCUUCACCCUUUGGUUCUGCAUGAGCUGUAAUCCCUUACCAGUAACGUUUGGUAUGGUGGGGACGAUGUCGUUUGCCCUCAGUCUUCGCGAUGCCGCUCUCGUCAUCCUCUUCUUCACUCUCGUCUCAACUGUGCCGGUGGCGUACAUGUGCACAUGGGGCCCCAAGACGGGUAUGCGUCAGCUUGUUCAGGCUCGCUUCUCGUUUGGCAGGUACUUUGUGUCGCUGCUGAUAUUGCUGAAUCUCGCUACUUUGACGGGCUUUUGCGUCGUGGAUAGUGUUAUAGGUGGCAUGGCUCUGUCUGCAGUGCAAGAUGGGACAACUAUCAACGCGACUGUGGGCAUUGUCAUCAUUGCAGUCUUGUCGCUGUUCAUCUCAUUUUGUGGCUUCCGGGUCCUGCACGUCUAUGAGCGAUGGGCAUGGAUACCUGCACUCGUGGCCCUCGUCAUCGCUGCAGGCUGCGGAGGAAAAAGUCUCACUCAUCAAGUCGCAGCUCCAGCCGCCACAGCAUCGCAGGUUCUCUCGUUCGGCGGUCUGGUAGCCAGCUUCAUGCUGCCAUGGGCUGCACUGGCGAGCGACUUUUCCACCUACAUGCAUCCCAAGGCACCCAUCCUUCGCAUCGCACUCUACACGUACACGGGCCUCGCGCUCCCCACGAUCCUCCUAAUGAUACUGGGGGCGGCCAUGGGCGGCGCAACGCCCAACAUGGCAUCGUGGCAGGCGGGCUACGACGUCAAUGCUGCGAGCGGAGUGCUAGCAGCCAUGCUGCAUCCGGCCGGAGGCUUUGGACGCUUCGUCACAGUCGUGCUGGCAUUCAGCAUGCUGGGAAACUUGUCGGCAACCAUGUACAGCGUCACGCUCAAUCUACAGAUGCUGGUGCCCUGGCUCUUCCGCGUCCCACGUGUCGUAUUCAGCAUCGUUAUUACCGGCAUCGUCAUUGGCGUCGCCGUCGAAGCAUCCAAGUCCUUCUUCCUUAACCUCGAAAACUUCAUCGGCGUCAUCGGAUACUGGAGCGCCGCCUUCAUCGGCAUCGCCAUCACGGAGCACUUGGUUUUCCGACACAGCAGCUUCAUAGCCUAUACCAAGGAUGAAGACGCGUGGGAUGAUGCGACCAAGCUCGCUCCUGGCGUGGCGGCUAUUGGCGCGUUUAUGCUCUCUUUUGGCCUCAUCAUUCCUUGUAUAGCACAGGUCUGGUGGACGGGACCCGUCGCGGAAACUACGGGUGACAUCGGACUCGAGGUGGCCGUCGUGCUGUCGGCGGCGCUAUAUGUACCGUUUAGGAAGUUGGAGAGAAGGACAUGUGGGCGAUGA